AUGUAACGUAGUGCAUCAGAUUCUGUAGGCUAUUUUUAGGUCCUUUUGAAGUGAAAUUGAGAGUUAAAAGCAUUAAAUUAAGUUCUGAUUGUUAAUUUUGUUUAGAAAUGUUGUUGCUACCUUCUUGUUAGUUGUUGCAGAAAAAUGGCUGCUUGUCUUUCUAUUUUCCUUUUGUUUUUCCACUUACUAAUGUCUUUGAACUUCACAUCAUCACUUCGUUUGUGCAUUGACUUGAGAGAACCAUUUACCCCAAACAAACCUCUAACCUUUUGUUCUCAUUACAAUAGAACCGGUUGUUGUGACGCGGCCAAAGAUUUGCAAUUGCAUAAACAAUUUCAUGCAAUGCAUAUCUCUGAUCCUGUCUGUGCUUCUCUUAUGAAGUCAAUCCUCUGUGCGGCUUGUGAUCCUUUCUCAGCAGAAUUGUUUAAGGUUGGAUCAUUAUCAGAGACUCAAGCGGUUCCUGUUCUUUGCAACUCCACUAAAUCUGGCAAACGACUUUUGUCAAACAAGGAAGCGAGUAGCUUUUGUUCUGUAGUCUGGGAUGCAUGCCAAAAUGUAUCCAUAUUAAAUCCCCCCUUUGCUUCACCGCUGCAAAGCUCUUCUAUAAAAUUAAGUGAGCUCUGGCAUUCUGAAAGUGCUUUCUGUAACACAUAUGGUGGUUCUCCUGAUGACGGAUCAGUUUGUUUUGAUGGUGAAAAAACUGAACUUGAAAAGAAUGAAACUCCGUUUCCCCACAAGUGCUUGUGCCUUGAAAAAAUUGGCAACGGAUCAUACCUUAACAUGGCUGCUCAUCCUGAUGGGUCCGACCGUGCCUUCUUCGCUAGUCAAGCAGGCAAAAUUUGGUUAGCCAAUAUUCCUGAACAAGGCUUGGGCGGAAUUCUAGAACUUGAUGAGUCUAGUCCCUUCAUAGAUUUGACAGAAGAAGUUUAUUUUGUUAAUAGCUUUGGGAUGAUGGGAAUGGCUUUUCAUCCCAACUUUGCUCAGAAUGGCCGCUUCUUUGCAUCAUUCACUUGUGAUAAGGUCAAGACACCAGGAUGUUAUGGAAGAUGUUCUUGCAAUUCGGAUGUCAGCUGUGAUCCAUCAAAGUUAGGCUCUUCAGAUUCUACUCAAUCAUGCCGGUAUCACAAAGUCAUUGCAGAGUUCACUGCUAAUGGGACUGCUUCGGAACUUUCCUUGGCAACAAGAGCCAAUCCAUCAGAAGUCAGAAGGAUAUUUACAUUAGGCCUCCCUGUUGCAUUCAACAAUGGAGGCCAAAUUCUAUUUGGACCAGAAGAUGGGUAUCUAUAUGUGAUGUUGGGAGAUGGUGGAAUCAGAGGCGAUCCCUUUAGUUUCUCCCAGAACAAAAAAUCUUUACUCGGGAAGAUUUUGAGGCUUGACGUUGAUAACAUACCCAGUAAAGCAGAUAUAGCUGGUCUAUGGGGAAACUAUUCAGUCCCUCGAGAUAAUCCUUUUUCUGAAGAUAAGGAAUCACGGCCUGAAAUUUGGGCUGUAGGCCUGAGAAAUCCUUGGCGUUGUAGCUUUGAUUCACAAAGGCCACUUUAUUUCACCUGUGCGGACGCUGGACAGGAUGAAUACGAAGAGGUGGAUAUUAUCACCAAGGGUGGUAACUAUGGGUGGCAUGUUUAUGAAGGCCCCAUUCUCUUUAACACUUCUGCACGAAUCAACAAUUCUGCCAACUCCAUGAAUCUAAUCUUCCCUGUACUUGGAUACAAACACUCUGAUCUAAAAAACAGUAUAUCUGCCUGCAUUUGUGGUGGGUAUUUCUAUAGAUCCAUGACUGAUCCAUGCUUGUAUGGCAGUUACUUGUAUGGAGAUUUGUAUGGCAGUUCCUUUUGGGCAGCUACCGAAAACCCGCCAAAUAGUGGGAACUUCACAACUAGUGUAGUUCCUUUCAGUUGUGCUCAUGACUCUCCAAUACAGUGCAAUUCUUUAGCAGAAAGUUCUCAGCCAGAUUUAGGCUACAUUUACUCAUUUGGAGAGGAUAAUAAGAAAGAUAUAUAUAUCCUGGCCAGUAGUGGUGUAUACAGAGUGGUUCGAUCAAGUCGCUGCAAUUUUUCUUGUCCCAAGGAAGCUACGACCAUCAUUUCUACCCAAAUUUCUUCAUCAUCUUGCUACAGAAACCAGGUGGCCUACACACAUAAGAAGUUGAUGCUCUUUUUCUCUUCAUUGUUACUUUCCCUGGAAGUUACACUAAACGGAGGUCUGUAAUAUAUCUUUUCUAGAUUUUCUUUCUUAAAUCGUUGAAUGCUGGCAAGAUUUUAUGAAAGAAGUCAUUGGCAAUGAUAACUUAUAAGUGUAUAAUUAGAACAUAUAUCCCUUAAA